UGUUACUUUUAGAAGAUGUAAAGAAAGUCAUACAUUUUUAUCUUGUUCAUUUUUUCGAUGCAUUCGGGUACACUGUGGAAUGCCGCUGUGAAGAAGUACCGCAUAUUCCAGUAUGGCGGCCACUCGAGUGUGUGUCGGUUUAUCGGCAUGUGCCCGUCUUUCGCUGCGAUCGAGUAGAGGAAGGGCUACUAGACUCGCAUUGGACUCCAUCAGGUUGGCAAGACCUUGUACGGUAACAGGACUGAAACAUGAAUCGAUUGCUUCUCUCACCGCCAAGAGGGUGAACACACCUGCAAGUUUUACGACAUGUGCAGCACUAGCUGCUGUGAUCACGACUCCAGAAAAUCCUGACAGCCGCUCAACAGGUGCCGGAGGUGGCGUGUCAGUAAGUGAGACAGAGGAAGAUGACGAUCCUUUUAUGAAAGAAAUGGUUCGUCGCUAUGAGCUGUGUCGCAGGUGGCUUGCUUCAAUUAUGGGAGAAGACCCUGAAAACUUUAAUGAGAAAGAUAUCCAAAGAGCAAUUGAGUACUUGAUGCCUACGGCUCUAUAUGCAAAGGAUGCAAGACCACUUUUACUGCACCCAAACAAACUAUUCACUAAAAGAAGAGCACAAAUUUUUGAUGCAACUGGCAGACCACUUGCAGCUGGCUUUUAUACAGGAAGACCAAGAUACCAUAACACUAUAUAUGAAAUCUACAAGCAAUUUGAGAAACUUUACCAUCACAGACUGAGCCAAGCAUAUGAAGCUCAAGAAGGGGACCAGAGUGGGAUGGCGUCUUCAAGUGAUGUGACCCACACUGAACAUGAAGACACCAGAAGUCAGGGGACCAUGCGCUGGUUGAAUAAGCAGGAGUUGGAGGGUAGAUUAGAAGAACUGCUCAAUGAUCGAGAGUACAAUACAGUGAUUCACCGACUGAAAAAACUCUCAAGUCAACCUGAUUCUCACCUGGUUCAAGACUUUCUUAUGAAGUUCACUCUCCCCAUAGCUGCACCAGGGUUGACUGAAGUUUCUAGAGAGCUUGAUGAGAAUGAAAGAGCCCAUGGAACAGGUUACCGAAAGAGAUCUGUUGCCAAGGCUUGGGUGAUGAAAGGCUCUGGAAAGAUCACUGUGAAUGAUCGCCCCUUUGUCGAGUAUUUCAGUCGUCUGCAAGAUAAGCAGCAGAUUUUAUUCCCAUUCCAAGUUGUGGAUUGUGUUGGUCAGUUUGAUGCCUCUUGUCAUGUGCUUGGUGGAGGGCUUACAGGCCAGGCCGGUGCCAUCAGACUUGCCAUUAGCCGUGCACUUCUCAACUUUUCAGAAGACCAUCUGGAACCAUUACAAGAAGCCGGUCUUCUCAUUAGAGAUACCAGAGUCGUUGAACGGAAAAAGCCCGGUCAGAAGAAAGCGAGAAAGAAGUUUGCCUGGGUGAAGCGCUGACGAGAUAUGUAGAAUCACGUCUUUUGGUGUAACGAGUUUGAGGUAACGAGACAUUAUCGACCUGGGGAUAGUAACAGGGCAAAUUAACAACACGGGUGUCUGCCUACCGUUGGGAGAUAAGCUACUGGAGGAAAUCCUUGGCGAAACCCAUAACACCCCAGGACUCAAGACUUUUAAAAUUAUGUUAUAUACCGAUAAUUCAUCUGUAAUUAAAAACAUCUGUAAUCAUUGCCGUUCAUGGUUUUAACUACAUCUAGAAGUGUACAAUAGCUAUAGUAGCUGUUGGUAGUGGAAGACAACGUCCAUACAUCAAUUAUAUCACGUUAGACAUGACGGAAAAACAUGACAUGACGCUUCAAAUAAGCCCAUUUCACAUCGAAUAAGGCGGAGAAUUUCUCUGAGUACUUAGUAACUUAUAGCAAACAAAAUAUCAAGUGCGACUUUUUUUAGAUUGAUGCGACUUUUUGUAAAAUGUCAUUGAAAUUUGAGCUUUUCGUCCCUGAACUGAUGCACAGGGCAAUGAUGAUCAAGGAAAAAUUAUCUUAAAAAGCCAAAAUCUAGUUAUGUGCACUUCGGCCUCACGUUAUUUGUGUUUUGAUAAUCAGUCCGUAGAACAAGGAACCUAUAGCUAUUAGAAGUAAUUGUGUCCUCUCCCUAUCUGGAAUUGCGCGUUUUUCAGGUUUUUCCGUCAUGUCAUCACGUUAGUCAUGGCGACAUGUGGCACUCUCAACCUCCCCUGUGGCACAGGGCGCCCACAAAAAUAGAAUAACAAUGAUUUAACAGUGCAGAUUAUUAUAAUAACAGUGAUCAUUUGAUAAAUGAUGGAAAUGAAAUUUUGUAAUCCAUUUCAUAAACAAAGAGGAAUUCGAAAUAAGGAUUUACGUAUAAAAAAUCUGAUAAUUGCAUGAAUUACAAGAUUGUCGCGACAUGCUCGUGCUGCGAAGAUAAAGCCCUUCGCGGUGUCCUCGUAAAGGGCCGAAACCAGAUGAAGACGGAAUUCAUGACAAAACAUGUAUACAUCUCCAAAAACCCUUGCGCGCCUUUUUGAAUAAAAGCUAAAGAAGCAACGCAUUAUACUCUUAUAUAGAUAAAGGAGAGCCUGUUUUGUUCGGGUCCCCUGUGGUUUUUAAUUAAUGUUAAUGUUCCCGGGGUCGCCCUACGUUUCUUUCCUUCGUACAAACUCGUAGAAACGAGUAUCGAAUAACAAUAACAUGAAAUAUACGCAGUCACUGAUGCAGUUUUACUUGCGCGGACUCUGAAGCGUUCCCCUGCAAUAAAACCUAUUCUAUAGAAAAGAACUAUGGCUGUUGGAGAACUUAUACUCCUCGUCGGCGGCAUAUGCUUCGCUGUCCUUAACGUGUACGUUAUCGCUAAGCAAGCCUGCCCAGGGAUGAUUAGGAAGGCACUGCCCAAAAAGAAAGACGCUACGCCACCAUCUAUCAAGAAAUACCAGUCAAAGGGACGAAAAGACGAGACUGGAGUCACUUAUUUCUGAGCGAGACGACUGAACGAACUGAACUUGACGUUUAAUGGCGUAAUACUUGCGAACUUGUCCACCUUGAGGCCUUAGUCGUGUCCAACACUUAUCGUAUCGUCAUGAAACGCAAACAACAGAAGUCCCAGUAUGAAUGGUUCAUCAAGAAGACGGAACUGAUUCGGGGUUUGUUAUUGCUCAUAUAUCAUUGUAAACAUUUUGAUGUCCUUUUUGAUUGGGUUAUUGUAAUUCUAUGUUAUUUGUUCUUAAUUGAAAAAUAAUCAAAAAUAUUUUUCUAGAUCAGAUUAAAAUCAAAUUUUUAUAAUCCGUGUUUUUCGCUAAUUUCUAUAUUUUUGUUAUUAAAGUUCUAAAUGGUCGGUAAUUCAGCGCGCUUAAGCGUACAACGGCAGCCCGUCACAAUCUUCGCCUAAGCGAGAAGCUCAAGAUACUGACCGCACGUGACGCUACGCUCUUAAAUAAACGAACCGAGUUAAUUACAAAAUGCCAGCAUGAAAUUCUAUGCAACGAACUAUAAAGGGAGUUGAACUGUCAGGUAACACCAGCCUGACGAUCGCUUCAUAGCAUGAAACUCUGAGUCGCCGGUCCGCCAGGAGCCAUAUAUUAUAGUAUACAUCUAUGAAUAUAAAACUGGUAAUCGACUAUGCCAAAUUUUCGUCUGGUGUAUUGUAUUUAUUCAUCUGGUUCACGAACACGACAAUUUGGGCUUUUUGUAUUUAUUCUAUCAAUAUAAAAAUAUCUAAGCCUAAUCAAAUGUACCGGUUUUGUGAUCGUAAACGCCCCGUCAAAUGCUUACGAUUUUGAUGAUUUAGUACUAGGAAAUACACCUAUUUCAAUUAACGUUGUCAGUGCAAAUGGCGAAUAGCAAAUGGUAGUUGUAAGAAAAAUCGCGGCUUGUAGGUAUAAUUACCCCUAAGAGUAAUGAAUAAACUAAUCGCACGAGUUAUUCACAUUUUCCUGCUUUCAGUGAAAUAUGAGGAGUCCCUUGGUAAUUUUGUACAGUAAACUGCCAUUUGGCAAUUGCCAUUUGUCAUUUGCGCUGACAACGCAUUUUGAAAUAGGUGUAUACAUAUCUAUUUUUUUUUCGGAAUUUUCCUAUUUUUUUCUAAAUCAACACUUUUGCAUGUUGAUAACACAAAGGUAGGAUAGCAGGUAGAGCAUGAAUGUUUAAUCAGUUGUAGAAGCCAGCGAAAUUGACUGUCACGAACGGGUUAUUUGUGUCAAAUAAACAACAGUGAUAGAGCGUAGAGAAUCGCUUAUAAACAACGUCUUAGGGAGGGGAAAGCCUGAGAUAUAGGGAUAUCAACAAUCAAAUGUCUAUCAUCAAGUUUUAACCCAAACCCUGUACUCCAAAAAAUGGUAUUACAGGGCAUUCGCGGUUUAUUUUUGAAACUUUGUCAAUUUUUGUUCGUAUUUUAUUCUAGGAUAAAAUAUACAUGUCAAUUUUUGUUCGUAUUUUAUUCUAGGAUAAAAUAUACAUGUCAAUUUUUGUUCGUAUUUUAUUCUAGGAUAAAAUAUACAUGUCAAUUUUUGUUCGUAUUUUAUUCUAGGAUAAAAUAUACAUGUCAAUUUUUGUUCGUAUUUUAUUCUAGGAUAAAAUAUCCAUACCGAUUCCAAGAUUGAACUUUUCUUUCUCUUGUUCCUUUCGAAACAGGCCUGCGGUGAAAAAUGUAUAUCUUCGGCUAACUUUAUCCCAUCCACUAUCCCACACGUAUUUUUAUAUAUAUUUAUAUUGUUAUAGUGUAUGGAAUGUAUUCCGAUUGCACGAUUACCAAAUCGCUUAGCUGUAGCGUCUCAGAAAGUCUCUACGAAUGUUGUUUUUAAACCCAGCCCCUGCGUAGCGGUGCUCAGCCCGUUCAAACUUGUUUUUGUUCUAUUGUUAACACUGACGUUUUGGUUGUGGUAAAGAAUGCCAUUAAGUUUACAGAAGUUGCGGUCUCGAAAUCAGAUUCAUACAGAAGUAAACAUACGUUGUUUUUGCGUCUUCCUAUAAAUACGAAACCAUAACGCGCACAGCCUCAUAACCCACUGCCCCUCGCUAGACAAACUACAAACCGAGUCCUUCCAAGUGCGAUAACGUGCGAAACAUGGUCGUACUUGAGACUGGAAUUGCAAUGGGCUCUCUCAUGGUUUUGUCCAUGAUUUACCUAACGCUGCUCAAGAAGAUGGUGAAAGACUCCGGCGACAAGAUGAAGAGCGAAGAGGAUUACAAGUACGUGCACAAAGCGGACGAGAAACAGGACUGAGCUCUGGCUUUGUAACAUGCACCCUUUCGUCAAGAGAUGUAUCAUACACGGAACCCAUCAACGACGCGAAUCCAGUCGCAUCUUAGUCUACGUAUUCUGCACUGAACUAUUGCCUGAAGAGAUAGGCGCACAGAACUUGCACUUGUAUUGAUACGUGCUAACUACACCGAAAGAGCUGGUAUGACUCCAAACUUGGGCGUAACAGAAGAGAAAAUGACUUUGUCUUAACUGAUGGACACGAUAUCCGAAUGACUUUAUCCCGUGCCAAUAUGUCAUAUAAAUUAAAGCACUUAAAAUCCAUAUUUUGUGUGGAAUUCUUUUGCUGCCUAAAAAAAGCAAUGCGUGAGAUGUAGAUUACAGUAGUGUUCUAGACCCACUCGAACCCAUUCCUUCCAAAGGCUUGGUUCUGUUGAUGGCUUGGCUGGGGUCGUGCCCAUACGAGUUGAUGGCUUGGUUGGGGUCGUGCCCAGGCGAGAGAAGAAACUGAGGGCACUGCGUCACGGCAAUAGGUCUGAGUUGAAUUUGCCAGUUAUGUUUACAGUCUAGCUUGCGUGUACAAUACUAAAUGCCUUUGAAUAAAAAAAACUUACAUUAAUGUAUUUAGAUUAGUUAUGGCAGGCAAUAUAGAGCGCAAAAUUUAGAAUAGAUUGUAUACGCUUGUUUGAUUAAACUAAACAUUGUGUC